AUGAAUAAUCAAAAAUAAGAUGAUGAAAAAUACAAAAAAUUUUAAUGCAAAAUAUGUUUAGAUCUAGCUACAGAACCUGUUAUCACACCAUGUGGUCAUCUUUAUUGUUGGUAAUGUCUUUAUACUGUAAAUUAUACAAUAUAUAUUUAGUGGGCUUAAAAGAAGAAUCCAUUAGUAUGUCCAUAUUGUUCAAAUGUUUUUGAAUUAAAUAAAGUCACUACCAUUUUUACAGGAGAUUCAAAAGAAUCUAAAUAAUCAGAAAUUCCUAAAAGACCUUCAAAUCCAAGACAAGAAUAAAACAAUUAAUAAUAACAAAAUUAACAAUUUGGAAACUUUUAAUUUGGUUUCAGUUUUGGAAUGCCAUUUAUGAUGAUGUCCAAUUUUAAUUUUGGAUAAGGACAAUAAGCUAACAAUAGAAGUUUUAUCUUUAUAUUCUUUCUUGGAUUUUUCCUCAUGAAUUUCCUUCCUUUAUUUAAUUCUUAUUUUCAAGAAGUACCAUAAUAAACAUAAAGACAAUCAAGAAGACAUUAAGAAUCAUCUGAAGAUUAUUUUACAAGCAUUGGAAUAAGCUUUGCAAUUAUUCUUGGUUUUGCUGGCCUCAAUUAUGUGGCUAAAAAAAUUGUGAAUAAUUGAUAAACG